CGGGUAAGCAGUCAGCCCGUCGAUGUAAAGCGGACGGCUUUAGGACGGGGCCGAGAGGGAUGCGCACCGCCGGCUCUCUGUUCCCUUUGCUGGCUGUAGAAGUUUCGCCCUUUAUUGUAGCUAGCAGAAUAGAGGGUCCUGCCGGGAAUGACUUCACUGUCUCCGGGCAACGAAAGCCCCAAGCAGCCCCCACCGGGUCCCCCUGCCAUACUGCUGCCGGUGCUUUGCCCACUACCUAAGGCACAAUUUAGAGUCACUGUAAAGCAGCUUUAAAGGUGGAAUCGCAUGCAGUAACAACAUCAGGAAUCUGACAGACGGCACGCUGACGUCACGCAUAGUUUUUACAUUCAGCGGAUGAUGCUCUCCAAAAAGUUUCCAGAAAGAUAAGUCCGAGGGACGUCACCUCAUAACCUCCAUCCACCUUGGUGGAGUAGGAUAACUCUCAUUUUGUGGAAAUAACUUUGUCAGCACUUAUUCAUGAUUCCAAAAGGUUUUCCCUGCUGAAUUAACUAUGGAUGCAGUUGCGACACCCCAGCGUGACACAGAGGCUGCAGGCAGACCAGAGCUUGCUGGUCCCCAUGACGACCACCUCGGGAAUCUAAAGGCACUGACGGAGAAGCUGAGGCUGGAGACCAGGAGGCCCUCUUAUCUGGAGUGGAAGGCCCAGCUGGAGACUCAGAAAGCCCAGGAUCGGCUGGCCCGGGAUCAGGGCCAGACCAAGUCAGAGGAGCAGAGGGGAGCUUCUAGGAGAUCCAGACGAAGCACCGUAAACUCCAGUUUUGUCCGGGAGGGUCAGCUGCCUCCAGCAAGUCUGAAGGGGUUUGACAACAUCGAUGAGGCCCUUGUAUGGAUCAGGAAGGAACUGGCAGACAUGCGCGCACAGGACCAGCAGCUUGCCCGGCAGCUCAUGCGACUGCGCAGCGACAUCAGCAAGCUGAAGAUCGAGCAGACGUGCCACCUGCACCGCCGGAUGCUCAAUGACGCCACCUUGGAGCUGGAGGAGCGUGACGAGCUCUCGGACCUGCUGUGCGACUUCCCCGUCACACCGAGCCUCGGCCUCUCCGCCCCCCUCCGGCUCAUCGGCGUCACCAAGAUGAACAUCAACUCCCGCCGCUUCUCCCUCUGCUAGCGGCGACAGGAGGGGCAAAGGGGCGGGGCUUAGGCGGAUGGAUCUCGAACUCCCCCCCCCAUUUCAGGGACAGAUCGUGGCGUGUCCUGACGAUGAUUAAAAAUUAAAAUGACAGAUUGUAAAAAUCGUUAUGCCUUUAAAUGCUUUUUCACUCUGCAGUUGAUUAUUCCUGGGACCAAAACCAGUGUGUUAAUAUAGUUGUUGUUAUUAUUAUCAUUACAUCCAUUUUCUGUACUCUUAUCAUUCUGGCAUCUCUUAGAUUUUGCAGUUUUUGUUUCAUUUAGUUUAGCUUUUAAGGUUUGUUUUGCUUUCAGACAUUCAGGACGUUUCAUUCUGUGAAAAAUGUAUCUUUUUUGUUUAUUCUGCUGCAUAAACUUUUGGCAUCAAAA